CCCAACCUCCCCUUCCCCGCCGCUAUAAAUAAGCUAGCCAGCCGCGGCGUCUCCGUCUCCGUGCGUGUGUUCCACUCCGCUGGGCACUGAAGCAGCAGAGCCAAGUGGAGACGCAGCGGGGAACGACGCUCCGAUCAUCGGGAUGAGGCAGCUGAUCAGGCGGCUGUCACGCGUGGGCGACGACUCCUCCCCUCCCGCGUCGUCGUCGAAGCGGCGGGGAGGGAGCGGGAUGCCGGUGCCGGAGGGGCACGUGCCGGUGCACGUCGGGGACGGGAGCGAGACGGAGCGGUUCCUGGUGCGGGCGGAGCUGCUGGGCCGGCCGGCGCUGGCGGAGCUCCUCGGCCGCGCCGCGCAGGAGUACGGCUACGACCACCAGGGCCCGCUCCGCAUCCCCUGCUGCUCCCCCGCCGCCUUCCGCCGCGCGCUCGCCGACUGCUGCUAGCCAUCCAGCAGCCAACGGAGGGGAGCUCGGUCCGAACCAACCCCAGGCGCACGGGCCGGCCGGCUUUGGAUUUGGCCCUGUUUUCUUUUACGUUGUUAUUAUUACCGUUCGGUGUAAUGUACCACCUGAAACGACGCGUAGUGUACUACGUAGAGUACCAGUAGUUGUAACUCUACAGAACUGGAAGGCUACUGGCUUAUGGAGCGCUCUGUAGUUUCCCUUCAAAUUCGGUGCUGCUUGUCUCCCUUCCGUAGAGUGUAAAUGCUUCGUGUGUUGGCUGGAAAAAUAUGGCGUCGGAGAAAGUGGCAAAGCAA